CAUACGCAUUUAUUUUUUUUCUAAAAUCUAUAGCAACAAGUAUUAUUCGAUAAAAUUGGCUCGUUGGAAAAUGGAUAUGUGACGAUAACUGCCAAUCAAGCACUUAUUACUGGCAACAGAUAAAUCGGAAGUACUAGCACAAAGCUCCCUGAUUAGGGAAUGCAAGGUGCAUAUUAAAAAAAUUGAGCGAUCGGUAUGUCUCAUGACCGGAGAGGCAAGAGAUGACACUAUUGAUGAGGUAGCAAGCCUUUUACCAAUUGAAUCGGUUGAGCUAUGUCUGGAGGUGGAAGAAAAACUAAAAAAACCCGAAUUCACACAGGCUAUGACCACGUAUAUCUACAAACUGAAGGGUGCAUCCGAUGACAUCGAAAACGUUUUUAGAAAUAUUUUUACAGACUGUCUCCUCGAGUCCUUUAAUUGGGAUGGAAGAGGCGAAAAACAUGCCCUAGGCGAACUAAGGCUCAUUGAAACCAUUUUACGAGUUUUCCAGUCACAAGGUGCCUUUGACUUUGAAAAGAGCAUACGGAGAGCCAUUGAACGGAGCCAUCACCGAAUCAAGCAGAAGAAAUAUAUGGAAAGGAGACGAAAAAAUUAA